AACUGCGCAUGGGCAUAAACGUUCGCUUCGUGUCGGUGUCAUAUUUAAGGUAGAAGCGUGACGUUAGUAGCGCGACUACAAGGCUACGCUCAACAAAACAAUUGAUCUUUGUGUGCAACUAGCAGAAAUGGCCGCUUUUUCGACCAUCCCGUCGAGCACUCGAGUGAACUGUAAUACGACCCGUGCCAUUAUCAACCCGGACGCGUACAUUGGCAGAAAUAGCAUGCAACGGCAAGAUAAUCUCCGAGUUCUGGACUUAUUUCAAAGCUCAUUUAUGGACGACAUUAAGAAGCCGCAGAUACUCGACGUGGGUUGCGGAACUGGCGACUUCACCCGUGAUCAUCUCCUUCCACGGUGCCCAGACGUGGAAAGAAUCGUCGCAGUAGACAUAUCUCAGGAUAUGGUGGAGUUUGCUAGGGAGCAUUUUGCUCACCCUAAGAUUCGCUACGAUGUCUUUGACAUUUCGAGGCAUGACAUGACCGAAUUUGUCGAGCGAUACGGUCAGUUCGAUCGUGUGUACUCCUUCUUUUGCUUAAGCUGGACAAACGAUCAAGAAACGGCGCUCAAGAACAUUGAAGAAUUGUUGAAGCCCGGGGGUGGAUGUCUGCUUCUCUUCACUGCUACCAGUAGCAUUAUGCGUUUGAGAAAAAAGUUGUCAUCAAUUGAUCAUUGGCAAAAAUACCGAAAGAUGAUCGAGUAUUCAUUUCCUCCAAGCGUAGAUUUGGUGAGCCGAGAUGCCCUUCUGUCGUACAUUUCGGGCCUUCUGAAGAAAACAAGCCUAAUUCCAACCACGUGCGAGGUGCUGCAAGUGACGCACACAUAUUCCAGCUUUGACGAACUGGCCCAGAUGCACAUGAGCCUGAACCGCCUUUCAAACCUUGUGCCGAAAGAAGAGAAGCCUCUUCUCCUCAAGGACGUUACCGAAAAUGCGGCUAGGUUAUGGGCUGAAAAGGAGGCCGGUGGAUCACCCUUCUGCUCUUCCAUGUUUCUGGCGACCUUUUGCCAGAGACGAAGAAGAACACACAUCAAGAAAGCAGCAGCGAGCGUCGACGGCGGCAGCAGCAAGCGACGCUGCGUCGGCGUAACACCUGGCUAUCGCGAGAGAGAAUCAUUGAAAGAAUCGGCAAUACGGCGCUCGCUUCUUUAUCUAUUAUGCUCGUCAUUUCGAAUAUUCGACCUAGAAUUUUCGGGAAAGAGCUAGGGUGAGACUGGCAAGUUAAGGUCAUUCUGGGCUCCUCGUAUUUUACGCUGGAAGAAGAGUAUACGCAAAUAUUCUGGAUGAACGGAGAAGCGGAGAA